AUAGCAAAGUUCUGAUGGAGGUCUGGUUGGUUGUGAAAACAGUGAUACUGGGGAACCAGCAAUGGAGAUUCUUGAAGAAAGGAUAGUACAGAAUGGAGCAAUAUCUUUCUCCAGGGGGGCAGAAGCCUUUGAGAAUGAGAAGCAAGAAUCUGGGGAAAUUGAGUCUGGUAAUCUGGAGGGAACAGAGGGUCAGCACCCAAGUGUUUCUAGCUCUGGAAAGGGCGAAGAUUUUGAAUGUGGAACAAAUGAUGCAGAAGUCAACAUUGAUUCCGAAUCCAAACCUGUAGUUCAUGAAGAAACUGUGGUGAUGAGCACUGAUGUUUCAGAUACGGUGAAGCCACUGAACUUCGAUGAAUUUAAUUCAGCAGCAGAGUUGGAGGUUCUUGGUAUGGAAAGGUUAAAAUCGGAGCUGCAAUCACGUGGGUUGAAAUGCGGGGGUACAUUGCAAGAGCGUGCUGCCAGGCUCUUCCUUCUCAAAACCACACCUUUGGAGAAGCUUCCAAAAAAGCUGCUUGCUAAGAAAUGAGAUAUCACAUCCCUCUGAUAACUUUGUUUUGUUGUGGGUGAAUUUGUACCUUGUGAUGUCCAUUUUGAAGUCUCUUUACUCCUUUUUUGAUUGGUC